UGGAGUUUGCGGCCACUCGUGUCGGAAAUCGUGGAGACCACCGACUUGUCGAAUCUCAGGAUAUUCCCCUCGAAUAUCUCAGGAACAUACAAAGGCACAUGGGAGGUCGCGCGAAAUUCCUCGUCGUCGCGAUUCCCGGACCUACAGAAGAACUCUGGAAAUAUAAUUUUUCAAUUAAAGACCAGCAGCACGGCUCGUCCCGAGGUUCACUAUGUCCAUGGAGAGGUGGUGUUGCGGGACGGAAUGUACAUUAGCGACGGCGACGUGCAUAUGAAGCUCGAAGGGGUCUACCUGCGCCCCUUCGGCCACCUUAGAAUGGUUCUCAGCAGCUCGGCGGGAGCGGACUCCACAGAAGUGGACGAAGAGAGCGCCGCCAAUGGCUACCAGCUGGAGCUGCACGACUCCAGUAAACGAGGCCAGGGAUCACCAGAACACACAGCGGUGGUGGAGAUGGCGCGGAACUGCAAGAUAAGGAUGAUCACACAUGUAUCACCCGCCGUGUGGGAGUGGCGAAACGGUGUGCAGGAGCACGUGCCGAGUCAGAUGCAGGGAUUCGUGGAGAGCGUGCAAGAAGACAUCAGCGCAGCCGCCUCCUCCUUUGCCUCUCGCCAUUCCUUCUUCAGACCAGCUGCUGCUGCCGCCUCAGCAGCUGCAGCUGGUGCCGGUGGUGCUGGUGGUAACGCUGCGGCUGGUGCCGCUAACGCAGCAGGAUCGGCAGGGAUAGGAGCGGGGCUAGGGCUAGGGUUGGGGGUAGGGAUGGGGGGAGGCGGAGGGGGAGGGUUGAGCUCAGGGAUAGGGGGCUCUGAGCUGCUGGCGGAAAGCAAGGGGGAACGGGGGGGAAUGGGCGGAAUGGGGGGAAUGGGCGGGGUGGGGGAAUCGUGGGAGGCGGACGCUGCUCUAGUAGCAGCAGAGGAUCCGGUGGGGCGGAGGGGGGCCAUGGGGGGAGGGGAGGGGGAGGGGGAGGCGGAUGAGAGUGGGGCGCCGUGCUUUGCGACUCUGCGGAUCAACGCCACUGCUGUGGAUCUGGAGGCAUAUUAUAAUAAGGCCGUCAACUAUACCCUCAUGGUCACAUUCAUCUCCUUCCUGCAAGUGCUAUUCAUCAUUCGCCAGAUGGAGCACAGCAACACACAAUCGGUGCGUCCCGUCCCGGUCCUCUUCCUUCCUUCCGAUCCCCCUUAUUGUCAUUUCCUCUUUCACUAUGCGUACAUCUUCCCUUCAUUCCCAUGUCCCCAACUCGAUUCGUGGUUCUCUUCUGGUAUUUCCUCCGUUCUUCCCAUGCGCCUUAUUCCGAUGCUCCUGCUCUGCUGCUCUUUUUGUUCUCCUCUCUCCAUCCUCACCCCUCUCUCACCCAUCCGUGCUCUUCGAUCGUCUCCCGCUCCUCCCCACCCCCCCCCUCCUCCUCCACCCGUCUCCACAUUGCAGGGAGCAGCCAAGGUAUCGAUGCUGGUGGUGGGGCAGCAGGCCAUCAUGGGCGAUCAGGCUGACGUUGGAAGAGCGGAGUCGCUAUUCAACGCCUUUGCAACAGCAGCCUUUUUCAAGUUUGUCAUCUUCUCCAUAUUUGAGAUGCGCUACCUGCUCGCCAUCUGGAAGGCCCAAU